AUGUUCGUCUUCGACCAGCCUGAAGACCCGCUGCGAUGCGAAACCGUCACUGUCCAUGUCGGCGUAAGCCUCAGCUCGCCUGCGUCUCUUGUCCUCCGUGAGGAGCUUGCAGAAAGCGCAGGUGGCUCCGGGGGUGAGCGCCAGGCCGGCGUGCUCAGGCCCCAGGCACGACUCGCAUCACGGGUGGAGGUCAUCGGACAUAAUGUACCCGGUCUGGCAGACCGGGCACAGCCUAUACAAUAUAGAACUGCGCCCAAGAAGGGCUCCAAGAAAGCGGUGGCCAAGGCCCCCGGUAAGGGUGGAAAGAAGAGGAGAAAGUCCAGGAAGGAGAGCUACGCCAUCUACGUGUACAAGGUGCUGAAGCAGGUCCACCCCGACACCGGGAUCUCCUCCAAGGCCAUGGGCAUCAUGAACUCCUUCGUGAGCGACAUCUUCGAGCGCAUCGCCGGUGAGGCCUCUCGUCUGGCUCAUUACAACAAGCGCUCCACCAUCACCUCCAGGGAGAUUCAGACCGCCGUCCGCCUGCUGCUGCCCGGGGAGCUGGCUAAACACGCCGUGUCUGAGGGCACCAAGGCCGUGACCAAGUACACCAGCUCCAAGUAA